CCCCCCCCCCCCCACCAUCCCUUGGCCUAGUCUUUUUUCUUACCUCUUCCGUCCACAGCAAUGUCAAAGGAGGACUCUGAUUAUGUUACAUUCGUGGAAGAAGAUGGUCGCCGUGAUUCGGGUGAAAACAAGUUGGAGCAGGGGCUCAAGCGAGAAAUGAAGGCCCGCCAUAUUGCUAUGAUUUCCAUCGGCGGAACAAUAGGUACCGGUCUCUUCGUUGCCUCUGGAGGUGCCAUUGCGAAAGCCGGCCCUGCCGGUGCCUUACUCGCUUACGCCUUCAUGGGGUUCACGGUCUUUUGUAUCAUGACUGCGUUGGGAGAAAUGGCUACCCUUAUUCCCGUCAGCGGUUCUUUCAAUCACUACGCUUCUCGGUUCGUUGACCCUGCCCUUGGCUUUGCAUUGGGUUGGAACUAUUGGCUCAGUUGGGCUAUCACAAUAGCAUCUGAGUUGGCUGCAGCAGGUCUCAUCAUAGGCUUUUGGAAAGAAAUUAUGCCGACGUACAUAUGGGCUCUGAUCCUUCUUGCCAUCAUCGUUGUAUUCAACAUGUUUGGAGGAAAAGGUUACGGUGAAACCGAAUACUGGCUCUCAUUCAUCAAGAUUGUCACUGUCAUUAUCUUCAUCCUUGUCGCAAUCCUCGUCGCAGCUGGAGCCGUCGGCGGAACUACAUAUGGCUUCAAAAACUGGAGGGAUCCCGGAGCCUUCAACUCUGGGGCACCGUUCAACAAUGGUUUUGCCAACGUCCUCAGCGUCAUGCUUGUCGUUGGUUUCUCGUACAUGGGCACUGAGCUCGUCGGUAUUGCGGCUGGAGAAACUGCCAACCCAAGAAAAGCAGUCCCCGUUGCCAUAAGAAACGUCUUUUGGCGUAUUCUCCUGUUUUUCCUUUGCUGUAUUUUCCUCAUUGGUCUUAUCAUUCCAUACACCGACCCGAACCUGCUCGACGCCGCAGCCGACGGCAACAAUGCAGCCAUCGCCCCGUUCACCAUUGUCUUCCAACGCGCCAAUAUUGGCGCGGCUGCCAACAUCAUGAACGCUGUAUUGUUGACUGUCAUCAUCUCUGCAUCAAACUCUGCCUUGUUUUGUGGGUCUCGUACUCUGAUGGCUUUAUCUCGCGAAGGAAAGGCUCCACGUAUCUUCAGCUGGGUUAAUCGAUGGGGCGUUCCCAUCCCUGCUGUGGCAGCCACCUCCGUAUUCGGAAUAUCAGUAGCCGCUGCGUCGGUGUACGGUUCUGCAGAAGUGUUCAGCUGGGUUCUAGGCUUUUCUGCCGUUACAGGAUUUAUCUCUUGGGCUGGCAUUGGUUUCACCCACUACCGCUUCAGAAAGGCAUACGUAGCGCAAGGAAGAGAUGUUUCCCGGCUCCCAUACAUCGCAUGGGCCUUCCCCUUCUCAUCAUUGUUCGGAGGUUUUGUCUGCGCUGCCAUUACAUUGGCCUCAGGAUUUGAGGCCUUCACACCGACAUUUAGCGUUGUAACAUUCUUCAGAAGUUACAUCAAUAUCGUCCUCUUCAUUGUAUUGUGGGUUGGUUACAAGCUCAUCAUGAAAACAAAAGUUGUUCCAUUGCUCGAGUGCGAUUUUGACACUGGUAUCCGCUGGUUAGACAAUGAGCCGGAGGAGAAAACUGUAGAACCAGAUACUUUGGGUGGAAAGGUCAAAUAUCGUGGAAAGCGAUUCCUUCAACAAUUCAUUGCGUAGAUUGAUGUAAUUGGGAUGUGUAGAGCACAUUCUAAGACUGUAAUUUUGGGUAUCUCUUAAGGUGUAUUUAUUUGGUGUUGUACAGAUAUGCAAUCCUUAUAUAGUUUUGAACAAGAAAUUGUGUUUAUUCUUGGAUGCUGAAUAACUUUUGUGUAGCCUCUGCCCCC